ACCAUUUUGAUAAAAUGAGUUCGCUAGUCUGAAUUACGUACACAAUAUUAUAUUUUCGAUUGUUUUGUGAUUAAAUAUUAAAUAAUAUUCAUAUUUUUAUUCGUGCCCAGUUUAAGAUUUAUUUCGUAAUUUUGUGAUUUUAUUUAAAAUGGCAGAUCCUUUGACGUUCCUACGGACGUAUAAUAUUAAUAAAAAAGAAAUCAUAAUUAAGGACAAUCACAUAUUAUUCGGUGACUUGUCUUGGCCAAAAACUGUUAAUACAAACUUCUUGAUGUAUGGGUAAGUACAUAUUGUGUAUUAAGUGUGGAAUUGUUGAUGUUUACAAAAGUUUACAAAUAAACUACAAGGGUUAUAUUGAUUGGUAUGUUUUUUUUUAGUUAAGUUCAAACUUAAAUUAAUGAAUAUCAUAUAUCCUUUUAUUUUUAUAAAUGAUAUGUUUAAAUAAUAUAUUUGCUAUAGGUCUGGUAAAGAUGGUUCACCAAAAGAGUAUUAUACAUUAGAAUGUCUAUUAUUUUUAUUGAAAAAUGUAACUCUUACCCAUCCAGUAUAUGUGCGACAAGCAGCUGUUAGUAAUUCGUUAUUGGUCAAUACUUAAUUAUCUUCUUUGAUUAAUUUACUUUUGUUGAACUAUAUUUUUAGGCCGAAAAUAUUCCAGUUGUACGAAGACCCGACCGAAGAGAACUUUUAGCUUAUUUAAAUGGUGAAUUAACUGCAUCUGCUAGUAUUGAUCGGAGUGCUCCACUUGAAAUUCCAACUCAGGUUUCAUUUAUAUAUACUUUUUAAUUUUAUUGUUAUGCUGUGUCAUACUUUGAUAUUUUGUAUAGGUUAAGCGUAGUGCUGUUGAUGAUGUUCAAGAAUCAGUUGCGAAAAAACCUCGCAUGGAGGAUACUUUACAAGUUCAAAGAGUUAAACAACAAUUGGCUGCACGAUUGGAUGCUCCAAAAGAAUCGGCUGUUAAUGUUGAUAAUAUUAA